AUUACACACAUAAAAUCGAACCUUCUCAUCAUCUUCCCAUUUUUUCUUCAUCUAUCUUUUUGCAGUGCCCCCAUAUUCACAAACAUGUCCUCCUGCUGUGGUGGUAACAACUCCAAUGGCUGCUGCAAGUCAAACUCGCAGCAAGAAUCAAACGCUGCAGUCCCUCUCCUGCGUGGCAACAAGAACUCCAACGUCAACUCUCGCCCUAGCUCCAGUAACGGCACCAGCUACGGCGCCAUCUGGUCAGUCGACAAUGCUGCUCAUCCUUCAAACAGAACACAACAGCUUCAGGAUGUCUUGGGAGAUGUACAGCCGCUCGGAAGCAAGUGUGGUGCACACGAAAGUGGCGGCCAGUGUUGUAAGGACCUCAAGGGAGAUGAUGAGAGACAUUUGGUCAGCCCCGAAAUUGUUCGUGAUGUUGUUAUCGGCCUUUCCGAUGGUCUCACGGUCCCAUUCGCUCUUACUGCUGGCCUUUCGUCUCUUGGUAGCUCGUCCCUGGUCGUGACCGGUGGUCUCGCCGAACUUUGCGCUGGUGCCAUUUCUAUGGGUCUUGGUGGAUACCUUGCAUCUCAAGCCGAACUUGAUCACUUCCACUAUCUUCGACGACAAACACAAGCUCGUGUCCUUCGAUCCUGUUCUGGAGAGAUGGAGCGUGAAAUCCACUCUAUCCUUGGCCCUCUCGGUGUCAAGGAGCCUCUUUCCCGACUUGUUGCCGAGGAUCUCCGAUCUGUUGAGGAUGAAAUUUACGGUUCUUCAGGUGCUGAGGGAUCUGAGGGUGUUAUGUCAGGCGCCAACGUCGUAUCUGAGAGUGGAAAUAAGAAGUGGGCAUUGCUUAACUGGAGACCGAAGAAGGUCGAAGAGGAGGAUGGUGGAAUGCGUGGCAAUGAAGAGAUGGGUAUGACUGCAUUCUUGCUCAAGUUUGGUGAAGGCAUGGAGGAAGUCCCCGUUUCUCGACUGUAUAUUUCUGCCCUUACUAUCGGCCUCUCUUACUUCAUUGGCGGCCUUAUCCCCCUCAUUCCUUACAUGGCUACUUCCACAGCCGAAGAGGGUCUUCUCUACUCUGCUAUCGUCACCUCUAUCAUCCUCUUCAUCUUCGGUGGUUUCAAGACGUACUUCACCGGCGCCACCGGUGGAUGGUACGGUUACGCCUACGGCGCUAUCAGCACCAUGAUUGUUGGUGGAUGUGCUGCUGGCGCGGCGUUUGGUUUGGUCAAGGUCCUAGACGUGCAAGAUUAGAAGUUAUUCGGCUUGAAGGUGGGGAGGACAUGGAUGCUUGUUGAAACGCUCUCCGAUGAGCUUCUCGGGUGAACAGAGUGCUGACGAAGCUCUGUAAUAUGUAUUGCGGGUUUAGCUGGUCCCAUUUACUUUAGAUAGAAUUUUAUUUCAUAUAUUUCGAACUUGGAUUCUUAGUUUCUGGCCCUUCACGGGAGUGGGCCGUAUGUACAUACUAGAUUGGGAUCAUAUACCAGCCAAUGCAAACG